UUCACCACCAGUGUGGCGAUGGUUCUUGCGUGAGCCGCCACCAAGUCUGCGAUGGCGAAAUGAACUGCGUUGAUGGAAGCGACGAACAGAACUGCCGCUGCAGUGAUGAAGAUUUUCAGUGUGCGAAAUCUAAGGUCUGUAUAAAGAAGGAAUUGCGCUGUGAUGGCCGCGAGGAUUGCUCCGACCGUUCUGAUGAAGAUGAAUGCGAUCCUGCAUCUUCUCAAACCAAGAUCCUCUCUACUCAAUUCAAAAUAAAGUAUGAGCAACGCAAGAAAUUUGAGGAGAUUCAUGAUCCCAAGAUCUCCGAUCCCAACGCCCUUCUGCCCCAACUUCGUGAGAUUAGUGACUGCACGAGUCAUGUGUGUCCAGACGGCUUGUGCGUCGCGGAAGAGAACGUAUGCGAUGACGUCCCGCACUGCAGCGACGGCAGUGACGAAUUAAACUGUUGAUUACGACGAUGCAACUGCUAAUAAUGACGACUCAGCUGUUGAUUACGACGACGCAAUUGUUGAUUACGACGACCCAACUGUCGAUUACGACGACCCAAUUGUUGAUUACGACGACUCAGCUGUUGAUUACGACGACCCAACUGUUGAUUACGACGAUCCAGCUGUUGAUUACGACGACUCAGCUGUUGAUUACGACGACCCAACUGUUGAUUACGCCGAUCCAGCUGUUGAUUACGACGACUCAGCUGUUGAUUACGACGACCCAGCUGUUGAUUACGACGACCCAGCUGUUGAUUACGACGACCCAACUGUUGAUUAUAACGACCCAACUGUUGAUUAUGACGACCCAACUGUUGAUUACAACUCAACUGUUGAUUGCGUUAGGGUCUAACUCAUAGCUAAUGAACAACUAUUCUUGGAAGAGACUUUUUAACAAUCAUGUAAUUUCGUACAUAAGUUUUGGAGGCUUUGGUGAAUUAAUAUUGUUUUAUAUUUUUACUGCAUAAGAUCACCAUAUUUUCUCCAUUUUAAUGUGAAAGUCUACUUAAAAAUAUACGAAUUCAUGAUCAGAGUACUUAUGAAAGUUAUUUAACUUUGCAUUAGUAAAUUUUUCCAACCAGCCUGCACGCGUGAAAAAGCGUAAUACCCACGUGCAAAAAUAAACUCGUUUUAAUUAUAUCUUUGUUAAGAAUAGCGCUGGCACAGUAGUUGAAUUUGUCCGUAAUGAGUUGCGAAGAAUUGAGAGUUCGGUAUGAAUUAGCAAAUGCUUUCCCGUUUAUUCUGUCAAUCGGCAUGGCUACUCAGAGAUGGCUUGUAAUAACAAUUUUUCACGAAAUUUCUUUUAUUUAAAUUAACUGUUUACCAAUUAAAUUGAUGUCAAAACAGAUGAAAACAUUGAUCAAGCUUGAAUAAUGUCGUGAAACAAAAUUGGCAUUUCAAUGCAGUUAAGCUUGUAGCCGUACUAAGAAUAAUAUUCAUGGGAGCUUUUAUUGUCUAAAAAAAUUCAUCAACGGAGAAAAAUUUGUGUAACAUAGUUUAAAAUAAUUUUCACAUUUUGAUCAAACGACGGUUCAAUGGUGACAAAAAAAAUUACUUAAUUUUUGUUUACCUUUAUUGAAUUUACUAUAUUGAUUGCAUUUUAUAUUGAUUUAAAUUGUAGAAUUUAACUUACAUAUGAUUCUAUUCUAUAGGUAAAUUUGUGAAGUCAAAAAUUAAAUUUUUACGCUCCAUUAUAUAUCAAACCUGGCAUGUCUAUAGUUCAUAAAUCGAUUCUAAUUUUAAUUUUGACCUGCGAAACGAUACAAAGUACUGAUUAACCUUCCAAUAAUUCAAUAUAAUAUAUUAUUUAUUUUUGAAUUUUUUCCUGGCUUAAGUGCUUAUGUGCUUUUACUUGACACACCAGUGCUUACGUGAAUUUGUGUGUUGAGAGCCUUGUCAGAAAUAUUUAUUGGUUACUACAUUUGCGCAUUUCCAAUAGCCAGAGGUGGGCAGUAGCACGCUACAUGUAGCGGGCGCUACU